CGGAUGACGUAUGCGGAAGUUUAAAAAAACAAUAACAACUGAGCUUCUGGGGAAACAGAAACCGAACCUAAAUAAUGAUGACAGAAUUGGGAUAUUAUUGCAUUUAAAUGAAGAUGCAUUGCUCCGUAACUGACAAGUGUGUUCAGCAUGUUCAGCAACUGUGUCCCAAAAACAAUGAUGAGGAAUCCUGUGAGGAGGAGAUGGAUACAUCUGAGCCUAACUGGCAUUGGUUUUACUUGGCUGAAUGUGGAGUGUGGCAUAUGUUUGAGAUUGAUCCCAGUGCAGGAUGUUCGGUGACCAGCGAACAGAUUGAAACAAACUACAACAGGAAUCAGCAUGGGUCCAUGGAUUUCUAUACACCUAAAUAUAGUUACAGAUUAGAUUUUUCAGUUAUGAAGCAAAUCAACGUCACGACUGGAAAACAGAGACCGAUAAAAAGGGCUCUACAUUCUGCCACUGGAUUUAGAUUUAUCUGUGAUAACCUGGCUCUGCCAGUCCCUUGUCACUGGGAGAGAGUUAACACAGAUGAGCCAUAUCAGCUCAUCCCUCUAUGCAGAGACACAUUUGAAUACAAAGAGGUGGCCAGGCUGUAUGAGAGGACCAUGUCUCAACCUAUAAAAUCCAUUCAGAGGAUACAGAACCUGGACCUGUGGGAGUUUUUCUGCAGGAAAAAGGCCCAGCUGAGAAAGAUAAAACGUAUUAAUGACAUCGAUGAGAGGAUGCUCUUUCAUGGGACAGGUCACAGUAACAUCCAGGCUAUUUGUACAUACAACUUUGACUGGCGACUUACAGGAAGUCAUGGUGACGUCUAUGGAAAAGGAAGCUAUUUUGCUCGUGAUGCCAAGUACUCCAGCAAGUUCUGCCACUCCACCAGCAAACAUAACUUCACACUGCAGAGACACGGCCUGGCACCGCCCAUAUUCCAGACUGACCCACCAUAUAAGUGCAUGUUCCUGGCACGGGUGUUAGUAGGGGAAUACACAGUAGGUCACCCACACUUCUGUCGCCCGCCUUCGAAAGACCUGAGCAUCGCCAACUUCUUUGACAGCUGUGUGGACGAUAUGGUCAACCCGAAGAUCUUUGUAAUAUUUGACAGCAAUCAGAUCUAUCCUGAGUACCUUAUCGAAUUCUACUGAUGAAGAGGCAGAGGACAAAUUGGACUAGUCAUUUUAAUGAAGAAACAGGAAUGGUUGCUUUAAAGAAAACAGCAAAGCCCUAGUAUGAAGAGCCAUGACUUGUCUGUGUCAGUGCCAAAGUUGAAGUGUGUACAUGAUGACAAUGACAUAGGACAGGAAACGUGGGCUUCAAAUGCAUACUAGGGUGUCCCAGCUCCAGUUCUGGAGGCUAGAGUCAAGCACAUUUAUCCCUUAUUCAGAAUAGUUAUAUAUUCAAGUUUUUUUUAGGGGGGGUGGAUUUCUCCCCAUUUCCUUCAGUUUGGCCUGGCCAGUUGCCACCCAAUAGAUAACUCUCACCUAUCACAAGGCUCAUCAGCUACCCGCCAAUAUGUGUGGGGCAAAUGUGCUUCAUUUUAAGCCAGCCUCCUCAUGUUAAUGCUGCUCAUGCUGUGUCUCAGAGCAGCAUAACACACUCGGAGGAAAGCAUCGUCAUCACUCUUCUGCAGACAUGACCUCAUAGCUACCCGUGAUUGGCUAGAGUCUCUGUGAUUGACAAGGAGAGAGGUUAUGCCAUCCCUCCCACUCAGCAAGCAUGGCAAGCAUGGAUGAUUGUUUGGGAUUAGAACCCAUAUUCCCAAAUGACAGGGCACACACUUUUCAGUUGCACCUCUCGGGACGCAUUUACAUUUACCACAUUUGACAGACACUUAUCCAGAUUGACAGAAAUGCUCUGUGGUGCCCACUGAAAAUACACUUAUAUACAUUGAGUAGAUGUCUGAGCAGGGACAUAAGCAGACUGUACUGUACUGUAUGCCUCCACUUGUGCACCUUUGACAUGUAAAUCAUAUUCUAUCCAUGCUCUUAUUAGGGCUGCACAAUAAUGGCUUAAAAGAUCAUUGCAGUUAUUUUGCUCAAUACUGAAAUCAGAAUGGUCACUAUAAGUAUGUGGAUACCUGACCAUCACAUCUAUAUGUGGUCCUUCCUCAAACUGGUGCUAUAACUGGUACAAUAAGAUUUCCUGUGCACAUGAAGAGAUGAUUUGCCAAAGUUAAUAGGGAAAAACUUUAGUGCUUAGGAUGAACUCUAAUGGCAAUUAAAUACCAGGAUCCCUCACCUGACAUUAAUACUUGAACCUCACUAAAGCUCUUGUGACUAAAAGGGCACAAAUCCCCACAGUCACAUUCCAGAAUAUACUGUAGUGUGAAGCCUGACCAGAAGAGUGAAGUUUAUGAUAACAGCAAAUGGGGAACAAAUACUGAGUUGGGAUUUUCAGCAGUCACAUAUGGGUCUGAUGGUUAGGUGUCAACAUAAUUUUGGCAAUACAGUGUAUAUAAUUAUAGUGCCCUCAUACAAUUGGCUAUUAUAUUAUAUUAUAUUAUAUUAUAUUAUAUUAUAUUAUAUUAUAUUAUAUUAUAUUAUAUUAUAUUAUAUUAUACUAUUUGUAUGAUGGUCUGGGAAAACCUAGCAGAGCUCACUGUGGCUGAAUUCUGGAUUUGUCCAAAUUAUUUAUUUAUUUGUUUGUUUGUUUGCUUAUUUAUUUAAUAUUUUAUUAGUUCUAGAUUAUAAGUAUUUAAUUAAUAUACAUAUCACAUUAGAGUGCAGCCAAAUAGCUGUUUUAGAUGCCAAAAUUGUGACCAUUAUAUAAAUGAUUAUUGUGCAACUCUUUUUUCCAUAUAAUUUCAUGUCAUUUGUUUUUUUUUUUUACCUACCUCACCAUAAUUCUACCUCAUACCAUGCAAUUCUGCACAUAUCUCAUUAAAAAAAGAAUACCACAGUACAUUUUCACUAUAGUGCUUUUACAAAUUGCCUGGUCAAUGUACAUCAUAAAAACCAUGAAACCAUGGUUGACUUUUUUCAAUGUUGAUCUGCUGCUCAAGCAUGUUUGUUCUGACCAGCAUGGGAGAGCAAACAAACAAUGCAUCUAUUCAAUUUUAGAUUUUUUUUACCCCACUUUUCCCAUUGCAUCUCUAAUAUACUGUAUUUCAGUGAUGUUAACUGUGUACAGUUUCUACACUAUAUGGCCAAAGUUUGUUGAUACAUUGACCAUUGCACCCAUAUAGUCUGUGGAAGCAUGCAGUUGUUUACACUGCAUUCGUUUUCCUUCACUUGAACUAAGAGGCCCAGCUCUGUUUCUGCACAACAGUUUCUGACCUCACAUCAGUGCCUGAUCUCACUAAUGCUUUUGUGGAUGUAUGGGCAAAUUCCCACAGCCACGGACCUGGAGAGCCUUCCUGAAAAUGUGGAGGUUAUUAUAACAGCAAGACACUUCUAAAUCUGAAGUUUUAUUAUCCAGCAAGCAUAAGAGUGUGUUGGCCUGGUGUCGUUAAACAUUUGGUCAUAUAUUGUACUUAUCUAAUGUCAGCUAAAUCAAAAAGCAUUGACAGAUGUUUCUGUAAAGUAAUGAAACUGACAGAAAGCAAAGGCACCUUUCAAUCAAAGGAAAUUGUUAUGAAAGCACUGACCAAAACACUAAAUAAAUAAUUGUAUUACAUAACUGAGGUUAGGAUUGGGAGAACAGCAGGAUGCGAUGAGGCGUCAGUUCAAAUCUGGAAUCGUUUCAGAUUUAUUUCUCACUGGCUCAUCUGAUACUUUAUUGUUUAAGUCCACUCUUCCAACCAGCGUAAAUGGAUUUCUACACAAACUGUGUGAAGGUCUGCAGAUAUGUUUCCCAAUUUUGCUACUAAAAUCAUCAUGUAAUGCACAUUUUAGUGUUUCCCAUCAGAUUUAAUGCAUGAAAAACAUGUUGGUCUGUUGAGCUGAGUCAUGUGUAUUAGAGCAGAGAAACACGUUACAUGAAAUGUAGUAAAACACUGCAGUAAAGAGUCCAGUUGACCAGAA